AUUUGUAGCCCUAAUUCACCCAAAUUCCCCCCAAAAAAGAAAAAAAAAAAAAAUGAACCUCAACAGAAGCAAGGCAUCGAAUGUGCUCGGCGCCAAGACGGCGAGGGCGUGCGACAGCUGCUUGCUGAAGCGAGCGCGGUGGUUCUGCGCCGCCGACGACGCCUUCCUCUGCCAGUCCUGCGACGGCGCGGUGCACUCCGCCAACCAGCUUGCCAGCCGCCACGAGCGCGUCCGCCUUGAGACGUCCUCGUGCACCGCGCCGUCCUGGCACCAAGGCUUCACAAAAAAAGCCAGGACGCCGCGGCACGGGAAGUCGUCCCGUGCUGCCGCGCCGCCGGUCAUCCACCAGCUGCCGGUGGUGCCGGAGAUGAGCUCCGACGAUCCGUUCCCCGAGGAGACGGAGGAGCAGCUCUUCUGUAGGGUUCCGGUCUUCGACGAGGAGAUAAUGGUGAAGGGGGAGGAAUUAGGGUUUUUCGACGACGAUCACGAGCUGAAUCUGGAGGAGCUGCUCAGCACGUGCGACGACGAGUUCGCGGCAGAUGUGGAGAGCUUGCUUGGGAACGUAAACACCGUUGAUGACAAAAGCGUCAAAAUUGAAGACUGCAAUUUCGAACCGGAGGUGAAUUGGGAGUUGGAUUUCCCGAACGGAGAAGAAGUUAGAGCGAUGGAAAAUGAAUCGAGGAUGUUGUUGAGGCUCGAUUACGAAGCAGUCAUUGCUGCUUGGGCUAGUCAAGGAUCGCCCUGGACGGAUGGAAUCAGACCUCACUUCAACAUAGACAUAAUCCUGAGUGAUGAAUGGGGAGGGGGGAAGGGGGGGAGAAUAUGGAGCGAUGCGGGGAGGGAGGCGAGGGUGUCGAGGUACAGAGAGAAGAGGAGGACGAGGUUGUUCUCGAAGAAGAUAAGGUAUGAGGUUAGGAAGCUCAACGCAGAGAAGAGACCAAGAAUGAAAGGUCGAUUUGUGAAGAGGACUAGUUUUUUACAAGCUAAUUCCAUCCCUAAUUACCAUCUCAUCACUAAAUGACAAUUAAGUCAAGAGAUAUACUAGUGUAUGAUAUAUAAAUCGUUCAACAAGAUGGCAACAAAAUUGCUACUGCAAUUUGCUUGUAAUCAUCUUUGUGGUGAUGGUGGUUUAUACAAAUAAACCACUUUGAUUAACCUCUUUUUUUGGAGGUUAAUUAUAAUUUAGUAUAUAUAUCCUCCAUUUUGUCUACUAA